AUGUGUCAUUAUUUUCUUAAGGAUCAAGUUAAUUCGAGCAUAGAUGAAUCUUAUUUAGACGAAAUAGAAAAGGAAGAUGAUGAAGAUGUAGAAGUUGUGAAGUCCUCAAUGAAAUCUAAGAAAAAGUGUGGAAGAAGGGGAAAAUGGAGCUCUGAUAAUUUGAAUGAUUUUAUUGACAUAAUUGUCAAUAAUAAUGAUUAUGUUGAGAAACUGAUCUUCAGAAACACAAAGUUUCAGCACAAUGGCAUUAUAUAUGAGAAGAUCCUUAAAGAAUUGAAAAAAGGUCUUCUGACAGGGGAGAGACUAUAGAAUUCGAUGUGAACCAACUAAGAAACAAAUUCAAAAAGUGUGUCGGUGACUGUAAAAAGAUUGCAUUAACAAUAAAGACAGCAACAGGGAUAAAAAAAAUCCAGAGAGAAAAAGGCUAUGGAUCUUGGUUUGAUCAGCUGUUCUCCCUUGUUAAAACGCGCGAUUCCUGCAAGCCUGAAAAAGCCACAGAGCCUUCAGCAAACAAUAAGGAUGAGAAACAAGCUGGUAAUGUCACUGAUGAUGGCAGUGAUGAUGCUACAGCAAAGAAAGAAUAUGUUCCAAUUAGAUCAAAGAAAAAAAAUAAACAGAAAGAACAAGAAAAGACAUUGUCAGAAGUUGUUAAUAUUGUUAAGAACAUGGUUGAUCAAAAUCCUAUGAAAGAUCUUGUCAGUUUGGUUAAAGAGGAAAUGAAGGAAAGUCAAGAGCAUGAAUUAAAGUUGUAUCAGCUCAUGUUUAACAGUUCUGCAAGCAAUUCCCAGGCACAUCCACAUAAUCCAGAAACGUCCCAAUUUUUUCAGCAUAAUUCAUAUUACCACAAUCAUGGCUUCCCUCGCAGCCUCCCAAGUGGCAUGAAUCCUACUCCUGUACCCAGACCAGAACCUUUCAAUAUUCAACAAAAUUUAUUUGCAGAUGAUAACUCUUAUGGAUCUCCUUCAGUGAACAGUUCUGAUGCAUCAAAUUAUCAAAAAAGGCAUCAGUCAUUAUAG